AUGCAUUUAAUUGUUAAAUAUUAAGUAUACAUUUAUUAAGUAUAAUUUCACAUCCGAAAAAAAAGUGCAAUAAGGUAAGAUCCCAGAAAAAUGUUUACCAACACUGAAAAAGAAAUCACGCCUGUCAUGGACAUGGAUGCUAGUGAUACAAAAUCUCCAGAAGCCGUUAGAAAAUGCACUAAUGAAGAAGCAUUCAAUACUUCGUGGAAUAUUGAACAUUUAAAUUGUUCCAAUGAUAAACUGAACUGUACACCGCCUUCCCUGAAAAUUAUGAUAGACAGUUCAAGUCCUGACAAAAUAGAGAACUCUACGCAGACAGUGCCAUAUUCAAGUCAUGAACCACUACAAGAGGUGAAUUUGAACAAGCUAGAACUAUCAUUUGAUAAAGACGAUCAGCAGAACUCAGUAACCACUGACAAUCCAGAAAAAUCAUUCGGGAGCAAACGUUGUCGACGUGACUCUCAAGAAGACCCCAACAACCUCAACCCACUGAAGCGAACCAAGUGUGACAAAUUAGCUGUACAAUAUGACGAAGAAAUUGAGAUAGAAGAGCCCGAUUUAAUUGAUGAAAUAUCGACAGCCUCUAAUAAUCUGUCCUCAUGUUCAGAGGUUUCGUUUAAAUCUGUUAGCAGUAACAGUUCUUUAAAGGGAAAGAAACGACGGCGCAAGUCGGAUUCUAAUUUGUUUCGGGAUGUGCUGCUGAGGUCGAAACGAAGUAAUCAUUCGAACUAUAGCAAACAAACGUCCAGUCGACAAGAUCUGAAUAAUACGCCAGGAGGCACGCCGCGCAAGGACCGCGGUGGACGAAGGAUCUCCAAGUCAAAAUCAUGGCGACUGAUAGACUUAUGCACCUGGAUCGGGAUGAAGGGAUACGAAUCUAUAACAGCUCUAUACACAGAUGGAAAGGGUGAAGAAGCCAAAACUAUAGAGAAACCUAAACAAGAAAAUGAUUCCGUAAAUAAAGAUGUUCAGCUUAUGAAAAAAACCUUAGAGGAUGUGGUCGACAGACAAGAUCGACUAAUGCGCGAAAAUGAAGAAAUGGCCAUGAAUAUGAAAAAGAUGAUGCAAAAAAUAGAAGAAUUGGAAAACAAAUUAAACCAAUCAGAAUGUAGACCUCCAACGUCUGGCAGGAGCCUGGCCACCGGAGACUGCGCGGCCCCUCCGCCGCCGCCUCCGCCUCCCCCUCCCCCCAUGCCUUCCUCCAAGCUGCCGGUCCGCUCUAACACCCUCCCUCGAUGCGGCUCUGCACCGCCCCGAGUAGCGGCCCCGAGGCUCGCCAUCACCCCACAGGACAUAGCCAACGUGAAGCUCAGGAAAGCUAAGGACAACCCGAACUUACGGUCGAAGCCCAACCAGAACAAACAGCCGUUGGUGACUCAGCAGAUGUUGCUGUCUACCAGAGCAGGACUCGGCAAGAAGAAGCACGUUUCAGCGGCGACCACUCAACAACAAUUGAGUGACCUUGAAAAGUGCCUACUUCAAGAGACGUCUGUAACAUCCAUGUUUAGACGUCGUGUGGCCAGAACGACGUUCAAGAGUACAGAAGAGCUGCGUCCGCGGCCGUACCCCCACUCAAGAUCCCCGAGAUCUCCACGAUCGAACUCUAUACCUCGGAUACCACAUAGAGAAAAAAUAAAUAUUAAAUAAAUAUGAUAUAGAUUAGAAAGGUUUAUUAACACCGCAAAGGCGAAUUAAAAAUACGAGCAAACUUGAAAUCUUAUAGAAUUAAGAAAUAUUGAACAUUUAUGUGAGCUGUCACCGGAACAGAUAAGUUUGUGUACAUAGAAAUAUGAGUGAGUUGCAUGCGGACGUCCGUACAAGGUUACAUCGUGCGGCCAUUGUAGACUUUGGUAGUAAAAUAAUUAUCGCUUUAAAAUGUGUUUAUUUAUUAAUUAAGGAUGAUACGAUAUUCCAUAUUCCUUUUUGACCUUCGUAUCAU